GUGUCGGCUCUGGCCACAAGCAGAAGAAGCAUGGGCUUCCAUCUGACACGAUAAUAAGUAUUUUCGCGGCCACAUAUUUAUAAAAAGUGACUUUAGCCUAGUGGUUCUAAGAGAAAUUACCAGUGCUAGAGGUGCUGGGUUCAAUUACCCUUAACUGCAUUCAUUUAUUUUGGCCAUAAAUAUAAAAUGGGACACGUGUCACUCCCAGAACGUACGAUUUGAUGACGUGGCUUUACGGGAGAGAGGCGAACAUUUCUUUAUAUAUAUAGAUCUACUAUGUUUUAUAUAAUGAUCAUCCGUUUUUAUUAGGUUUGUAUCUAUCAUUUACGUUUUGUGUUUGAUUUAGCAAAAUGAGUUUGACCGUCUAUGUUUGGAUUUACGUUUAUAUAUUUAUAAUAAAAUAUAAACAUCGCUUUUGAUUGUUCAAAUUAUGUAAAUAUGUAAUAGUAAUUUGUCUUUUAAUUAAAAAUAUAAAAGUAACAUAUGAUUAUUUUGGAAUUUCUAUUUGCAGUUUGAAAACAUUUAUUAUAUAUUCGUCACAAAGAAAAAACAAAGGAAUGUGAAAACAUCUGAAAAAAAAAAGAAAUUAUCAACCAAAUGUUUCACAUUUCACAUGCAUUCUAAGAUUUAGAGUUAUAGUCAGCCAAAUGCUAGACUAAGUAUUGAUAAUAUAUAAGUCUGUUCAACGCAAAUUUGAUUGAACAUGAACUAUAUAUUGAACAUAGAACUUAAUUAAGUUCGUACUCAUUUCCAUCUCAACAUGGCUUUAUACUGAAACACGAUUUAAUGGAAUAUAAACGUUCGUUAUAUAAUAUUUUAGACUAAAUCAGCACUUCUGUUCAGACGAUUUUUCUUAAAUUGACAAACGCACUAUAUAAGUAGGAUGAUACAUAGAUUCGUGCUUUGCAAUUUGAACCACUAUAUAUAUUAUAUAACUAUACUACAUAAGUCAAGAACCUUAUAAAUAAUAUUUGGUAUAAUAUAUCCAUUUUAGUUUAUACGAAAACCUUUUAUUUCGUUUUAUCGUUAUUAUUGAAACAAGGAUUAUACCAAACAAUGUGUUAGAAACCGACACAUAUUGGUGCAAGAAAAGUAAAGUGGUCAAAAGAACUCGGCAUAGUCUUUUUAACUAUACGCAAUGUCCAUUUACAUUCACAUUGAGCUGUAGUCUAAAGAUAUCACGUAACCAUAGUAUUUAGUACUAUAAACUUGAUGGUGCUUUUCUUUAGCAUUUUAUUUGGGUAGGCAUAAACAAGUUGUACAUUUUAGUAUGGAUGCUGUUUCUUCAAACGAAAUUGUAUCAUAGUGUCACAAUAGUCGAUACUAUGCAAAUAACUAUAGUCGUUUUCAUUAGUACAUUUCCAACCCAAAUAUAUAUAUUAUUUUUUUCCUCUAAAAUAGUGUAAUUCUAUUAUAUAGUAACUUUAUUUCAAAUAGUUGAUUCUAUAUUAUAGAAUAAAAUAUAGAAAAAUAUCAUUUUUUAUUCGAAUUAAAAAAAUACUGAAAAAAAUAGAAUGCUACCAGAGAUGAUCCUAGUAACACUACAUGAUCAUAUAUUUUGGAAAACUAAAAACAUGCAUGCAUAAGUAAGAAAAUGAGGAUUAAUAUAAAUUUAUUUUGCUAUUGAUUAAAAAUAAGCGAAAAUGAGGUCAUUUCUUUUGUUCUUUGAUUCUUUCCAUUAAGCUUAUAAAUAAAGACAUUUUGGAGAUAUAUUUUUAGAAAAAUGACGGAGACUUAGCAAAAUUAAGUAUUCAUCCACUGUGCUUGUUACUAAUAAAAACUUACGUACGUGAAUUCAUAUCUUUAUAAUAGUUGGGACUUUUAGAAGAAAAAAGGCGAUGUAAAUAUUCCAAAACACAAGAACACUAGCCAAUUAGCAAUGAACAAAAAGGAUCUUUCGCAUAAUCCAAUGUAAAAUGAAAAGAUCCCACGACGCAAACCAACUUUUUCGACGCUUUUUCUUACUAGCCAUACACGAAUAUCUACCAGUUUAAUACUAGCAUUUAACUUUUCGAAAUAAUGUUCCUAUAACCAAAAGAAAAUAUUCCGGAACACACCAUAGCAUGCAUGUAAUAUGUAUAACCACAAGGAAUCUAACGGACGGACAUAAAAAAACGGCUAUUUGUAGCCAACUAUUGCAGGACAUGUGUCCAACUAAUCUAUAAGAUUUUUCACAGGAAACGUCUCGAGUUGUAUAAGGACGUCGAGAUAGUGAUACCAUUAAUUAGAAUCUCUUUUGUGGGUUCACGAAACGUGUCCUUAACCUUUUGUAUUAGUUCUUUUCAAUCCAUUCCUUUUAUUUUAUUUUUCUUACAAAGUUCUAACAAACGAUGGCUUUUUGCCCUGUCUAUCUCAUUUGAAGAUGAGGUUCUCGUCGUUUCUAUCUGCGGGAAUCCAAUGAUAUCUUUUGGUGAAUAAGCAAAGACAACCCCACUAUUCUUUAAUAAUUCCAGAUCCUCUUUCACAAACUUCAAAUUUAUAACAUUUGGCAUCAAUCAUAGAAGGAAUAACUUGAUGGUAUACUGUAAAUUUUGUUUUAUAAAUGCUAAGGGACUUAUCAAAGUCCAAUACAUACAUCAUAAUUCCUAAACUAUCCCACAACCUACAGAUUAAAAUCCAUAUACAUUACCAAUUUUUUUUAUAAAAAUAAUCCAUAUACAUCUAAGAAAAUAUAUAAUUUUCUUAACAACUGAGAAUCUUGAACUGAAAUCCAUACUAAUCAGUAGGACUUAAAAAAUAGUUAAUUUUGUCUACCUAAAACGUUAAUAAUACUAACCAACCAUGAAUGAAAUAACUGAAGAAAAUCUCAGAAUACAAAACUUAAAAUGAAGGCUUUACCACCUUGAUCACCAUAAAUCGAUUAAAACUUAUAAAUUAAUUAUAAAACUCAUAAAUUUGAAGUUAUAUUUGUUGGGAGAAUUAAUGAAUUGAAUCCACCAGUAAGACUAAAUUUUUGUGAAUGAUUUCACAUAUGUUUUAAUCAACCACACUCAACUUUUCUUAAGAAAUUGUUGUGUUAGUUGGUUUAUACAUGUAGUUUCAAUGAUUCUUUUAUUCUCUACAACUAAAAAGCUGAACGUGUUUGGAUGGCCUUAGUUUCGUCUUGUAAAGAUGAAUAACCCCAAUAAUAAGAUGCUGUUUUCUCUUGACAAAACAAAGGAACAAAGAGAAAGAGUAGUAAUUCCAUUUUCCUGUCUAAUAACGAAAAAAGUCAAAAAAGUGAUUCAAGGGGUAAAAGAAAUAUUAACUAUAUAGUCAAAGUCAACGAGACCCGGGUUCAAUUCCCGCCGACGGAGCUUUUUGGUCGUUUCGGUGUAUUAAACUUUUGUAAGCUGCCGUCAUGUUGCCGGCGACGAGAUCUUUACUCCACAAGUCUGCAACUACAUUCCGCCGUUGUUUUUUGUCUUCUUCGUGAAAGAUGAAUCAAACGAUUGCGAGAAAGUUAAGUACUUUUGUGAACAUGUCAUCUUCUUACGCCUCAAUGAAGCGAUUCCCCGAGAAGAAGUUCUUCAAUUCGAACCAAGAAGACGUUAGUGUCGUCGAGCGAUUAUGUAAAGGUAAGAGAUUUAGUGAAGCCAUUGAUGUUCUCUGCGAGCAGAAGCUAUUGAUCGAAGCUGUUCAGCUUCUGAGUCGAGCAAAGAAACCACCGCCUGCUUCUACUUACUGCAACCUCAUCCAAAUCUGCACCCAAAGACGCGCGCUUGAAGAAGGUAAGAAGGUGCAUGAACACAUUAUAGCCUCCGGGUUUGUUCCCGGCGUCGUUAUCUGCAACCGUUUGAUGGGAAUGUACGCGAAAUGCGGGAGCUUGGUCGAUGCGCGGAAGGUGUUCGACGAAAUGCCGCACAGAGAUGUGUGUUCGUGGAACGUGAUGGUGAACGGUUACGCGGAGGCUGGGUUGGUCGAGGAAGCGAGGAAGGUGUUCGAUGAAAUGCCUGAGAGAGAUAGUUACUCGUGGACGGCGAUGGUUAACGGGUAUGUUAAGAGAGAUCAGCCUGAAGAGGCGUUGGUGAUGUAUAGCUUGAUGCAGAAGGAACGGAACUCGAAAGCUAAUAUCUUUACAGUUUCGAGCGCGGUGGCUGCUGCUGCUGAGAUUGCUUGUAUCCGUAGAGGGAGAGAGAUUCAUGGGCAUGUGGUUAGAGCCGGUUUGGAUUCGGAUGAGGUUCUUUGGAGUUCUUUGAUGGAUAUGUGUGGGAAAUGCGGAUGUAUUGAUGAAGCGAGACGCAUCUUUGAUAAGAUAGUUGUCAAAGAUGUCGUCUCGUGGACGUCGAUGAUUGAUAGAUACCUCAAGUCGCGUAGAUGGCGAGAAGGGUUCUCUUUGUUCUCUGAGUUGGUAGGUUCUAGGACACGUCCUAAUGAGUAUACUUUUGCUGGUGUUUUGAACGCUUGCACUGAUCUAACAACGGAGGAGUUUGGGAAGCAGGUUCAUGGAUACAUGACGAGAGUUGGGUACGAUCCUUACUCCUUUGCGUCGAGCUCUCUUGUCGAUAUGUACACUAAAUGCGGAAACAUGGAGAGUGCAAAGCGCGUUGUUGAUGGAUGUCCUAGACCCGAUUUGUUUUCUUGGACUUCUUUGAUCGGCGGGUAUGCGCAGAACGGGGAGCCUGAGAAGGCCUUGAAGUACUUCGACUUGCUUCUUGAAUCUGGGACUAAACCUGAUCAUAUUACCUUUGUGAGCGUCCUCUCCGCUUGUACUCAUGCAGGGCUGCUCGAGAAGGGACUCGAGUACUUCCAUUCGAUAACAGAGAAGCACGGGAUGUCUCAUACAGAUGAUCACUACACUUGUCUUGUUGAUCUACUAGCUCGGUCUGGAAGAUUCGAGGAGUUGAAAGACGUUAUUAGUCAAAUGCCGAUGAAACCGAGUAAGUAUCUAUGGGCUUCUGUGCUCGGCGGGUGCAGCACUCACGGGAACGUUGAUCUAGCCGAGGAAGCGGCUCGAGAGCUCUUCGAGAUAGAACCGGAGAAUCCAGCUACUUAUGUCACAAUGGCUAACAUCUAUGCUUCGGCAGGGAAAUGGGAGGAGGAAGGAAGAAUGAGAAAGAGAUUGAACCAAACCGGAAUCACCAAAACGCCCGGUUCGAGCUGGACCGAGGUAAAACGUAUGCGUCACGUGUUUAUAGCGGGGGAUACUUCGCAUCCAAUGCAUGAGCAGAUAGUUGAGUACUUGAGUGAGCUGAGGAAGAAGAUGAAAGAAGAAGGGUAUGUUCCAGCUACGAAUCUUGUGUUGCACGAUGUGGAAGAUGAGCAGAAGGAAGAGAAUCUUGUGUACCAUAGCGAGAAACUCGCUGUUGCGUUUGCGAUUCUGUCGACGCCGGAAGGAACGGGGGUUAAGGUGUUCAAGAACUUGAGGGCUUGUGUUGAUUGUCACAGUGCUAUUAAGUUUAUAUCUAAGAUUACAAAGAGGAAGAUAACGGUGAGAGACUCUGCUCGGUUUCAUUGCUUUGAAAAUGGACAAUGUUCUUGUAGAGACUAUUGGUAACGAAAUAACUACUUAGCAGAGAAAUUGUACACUGUAUUAUGUUGAAGAUUAAUGUUUUGUGGAA